AUGCUCGACGACAUCAAAUGGAUCCGAAUCGUCGACCGCGUCGAGUUCAACCAAAAAGAUCAAAUUCGGAAAAGAUGUCGAGGAACUUAUGGAGGCACUGUCGAUUCUGAAUUCCCCGGAAGAGCGAAUAGCCGCGCUCUGCAAAAAUACUCCGACUUGGUCGACGAACACAAUCUUCUCAAACAAUCUCUUCAGUCCGCCACCGCCAAAUACAAAAAGCUUCAACGAGACAAUUACGCGCUGGUCCAGACUUCGACCGAUUUCAUGAAGAAAAAAGAAAAGGACACAGCGACAAUCAACGCAUUACAGAACCUCUCACGCGAGCUGCAGGAUCAAAAUCGCAAAAUCAAAGCAGAAGUCAUCAAAAAGACAAAAGAAGACGACGCCCAGAGAAAGCAUCUAAUCGAGAAGUUUCAGAACUCGCUAGAAUCAAUUUCAAAACAAUUAGACGAAAACGCAAAUGUGAACGAAACUCUUCGGCAGCGCAACUCAGAUUUAUCCGAUUCUUUGGAGCAAGUAAUCGCGAAAUCGGAGGAGCGAGAAAGCGCUCUGAUGAAAACUAUCGACGCCCUCAAGCAGCAAGAUGUGCUUCUCAGACAAAAGAUUAAAACGCUUAUGGAUGCUCGAGAAAUGGAACAUGAGAAGGUCAAAGAGUAUCUAUCGGAAAAGACAGAAACGAUGGAUAAAGUGAACCAAGAGCGCAUAAAUCUGCAAGAACAAGUAAAAUACUACGCUGCUCGAUUCGAAGAAUUCACCGACUCGCUUGCCAAAUCCAACACUGCCAUCAACGGCUUCAGUACGGAGAUGUCGAAAAUGAAGAAGAUCAACGAGCGGCUGGAAAAAGCUGUGGUCGAUUGGAAAUCAAAGCAUCAAUCGGCGCAGAAUCAACUCAUCAUCGCCACUGAGAAAACGCUGACGCAAGGAGAGUCGCUCAAAAAGAAAGAAGACGAGCUCAAGAAGAAAACUAACCAAGUCGAGAAGCUCGAAAAGUUAUGCCGAGCACUACAGGCCCGUCACUUCCAACAAAUCGAAGCAGCUACCGGAAAGUCUCCAAAAUCACCAGAAAAACCUCCUGCCACUACUUCUGAUCCCACUUCUUCCCAAGAAUCACCUGCUCAAUCUUCCGAAUCACCGCCGAAAAACGACGAUCAAGCUCAAUCCUCCACUUAG